AUGGAAGAAAUGACCUAUACUACAGAGGUCCAUAGAAAUGACCCCCUCUCUCACCCGUCUGGGGAGAACCUCCUCAAUGACCCUGAGCCCAGUGUAGACAGUCCGGCCCAAGAGAAAAGGGAGAAGGCUGGCUGUCGUGCAGCACCUUCAACUCUGGUGUUCUAUCGCAGGGUCCCGUUGCGGAGGCUGCUGGACAGCGGGUUCAGGUGCCUGGCCUGCUGCCACGUCUUUGCUAGCCUAGAGGCCCUUCAGCAGCAUGUGGAGUAUGGGGUCCAGGAAGGCUUCAGCUGCCAUGUGUUUCAUCGAGCCAUGGCCCCUCUGAAGUACAAAAAGCUUAAGAGGAAGAAGAAGAAAUUAACGAAGGCAACAUUAAGUUGCCAGGAGGAAAAAUAA